UAAAAAAAAUAAUUGGGACAAUCUUGUUGAUGCUUUCAAUUUCCAAAUGCAACCAUGUCAUCAUUGCCCCAAUCCCAAAUCUCUUUUCGAUUAGAAGCUUGCACAAGCUCAAACAAGAACACCACCAAUAGUACACGACCAUGUAUUACACGUUUAUACAACAACAAAACACAUUUCAUCAAUCUUGUUGCCAAACCAAUGUUGCUACCAAACAUAAAGAAGCAGUUAAAAAUUGGAAAAUGGAAAGUGCUUAGCAGCGACGAUGGAUCAGGCGAUGUUGCCCCUGAAUUUCUACCAGCAAGUCCUUCACCAGUGCACAUUGUCCAUGAAUUCUACGAGGCUUUCAAUAAAAAAGACACUGAAACAUUGAAGCAAUUGCUUUCUCCUAACUGUGUCUACCAGGAUCUCCUCUUCUACACUGCCUAUGAAGGCCAAGAGAGCAUCAUAAAGUUUUGGCAAAGCGUGAUGGAUGCAAUGGGUCCAAAUAUUCACGUUUUCGUGGAAGAUGUCAAGGAGAGUAACCAUGUUAUGGUCACUGCGUUUAUGCACUUAGUGUGGAAAGAAAAGAAGUUACCCUUCACAAAUGGAUGCAGAUUCUUUACGUUUGAAGAAGUUGAAGGGAAAUUUCUUAUUAGCAAAAUAACAUGCAUGGAGGAAUUUCCACUAAAACCUGGUGAACUAGUGCUGAAACUUCUAAAAGGAAUUGGCCAAAUAUUGGAUAGCUAUCCACUAGCAGCAGCAGCGAUGCUUGAUUCCCAUGCUUCAAAAGAUGGGGGAAAUGACAUGCAUUUGGAUUUUGAUAUCUUUGGACGGAAACAUUGACAUACGUUGAGAAUUCCCUACACCUUCAAACAAUGCUAGCUGUAAAUUACAUGCAUAUUGGUUCUUUUUAUAAGUAAUAAAAUUGUGUAUUUUUAUGGUCCGACAUAUAAGAAACAUAAUAAUAUUCUUAAAUAUAUAAUUGUUCAAUUCAUUUUA